AUGAUGUCUAAUGUUUAUCGCAAAAUUUUAAAAUAUCUUGGAAUGCAUUCAUGGCUUUGCAAGUGUAAAGGUAAAUACAGCUGUAAAAAUUACAAGCAUAUAGCCAUGGAACAUUCCGAUUUAGUGGCAGAAAUGGUGCAUAUAGAAAGGUUAACAACUCAAGAAAGGUUGCAUUUGGCCCGUCACAGAAGACUCCAACAAUUGGAAGUAUGGCGUCAACGUGAAAAAGAAUGGUUGAGACAUCAAACCAGACAUACAAGCAACAAGCGUCACAUAUAUUUCAGUGACAGUGUAAUGCUUUUAGAAGCUGCAGCAAGAAAUGAUAUUAAUGAAGUGAGAAGAUUACUAAAAAAAGGAGUAAAUCCAGAUUCAACAAAUGAAGAUGGAUUGACAGCUUUACAUCAGUGUUGUAUAGAUGAUAAUGAAGAGAUGAUGAAAUUAUUAAUUGAGUUUGGAGCAAAUGUUAAUGCAGAAGAUAGUGAAAAAUGGACACCAUUGCAUGCUGCUGCUACUUGUGGCCACUUGCAUUUAGUUAAAAACCUUAUUGCUAGAGGUGCCAAUUUAUUAGCUGUCAAUGCUGAUGGUAAUAUGCCUUAUGAUAUUUGUGAAGAUGAGAAAACAUUAGAUUGCAUUGAAGGAGAAAUGGCAAGACGAGGUGUAACUCAAGAAUUAAUAGAUGAAACUAGAGCUUCAAUAGAAGUUCAGAUGUUAAGAGAUUUACAAAACAUAGCUUCUCUAGGCGAUGAUCUAGAGUAUAAAGAUCAUCAGGGUGCUACACCUCUUCACAUUGCAGCUGCAAAUGGUUACCUAAGGGUAGUUGAGUUUCUUUUAGAUCAACAUGUUUCAACUGAUGUUGAAGACAAUGACAAGUGGCAACCAGUCCAUGCAGCUGCAUGUUGGGGUCAUUUAGAAGUUCUCGAGUUGUUAGUACAAAAUGGGGCUGACUUAAAUGCAAAAAAUAAACAUGAUGAAACUCCAGCUGAUAUUUGUGAGGAUCCUGAAAUUAGAGAAAGAAUAGUAGAACUUAAGACAGAACAAGAAAGUAAACGAUUACGAGAAGCACAGGGAAGACGAGUACGCAGAUCUCAAAGCAUAAAUACACGUACUCAGAGCGUAAGAAGAACUUCGAUAAGGGAUAAAGUGUUGACUACGAAAAAAGAUGCCCAAGAGGAAGCUCGUCUUAGAUUACAAGCACAACAGACAUAUGUUGGCGGUACUACCGCAAAUGUUCCACAAACAGAAAGUGAAGCUAACGUACGAGAAAAUACAAAUAGUGAGACAGACUCGAGUGCACCACCAACAGCAGUGCGCAAAGCUCCUGAGGGGAAGGAUAAUGAAUCUUUCCUUCAUGAAGACGUCGAUAAAGAAUCAGAACACUUGUCAAUAAGAAGCAAUCCUAUCAAAGAUGGUGACACCAAAUUUAACCACCUUGCUACGCAGAAGUUUAUCUGCAAUCAACUAUCGCUACUUGUCAUACAAGAUGCCCGGACAAUUGGAAGAAAUCCAACCAAAACGCGCAACAUUUGGAAUGGGAUGCUUUUGGGCUGGUGAUUGUCUUUUUGGCGUUUUACCUGGCGUAAUCAGGACAUGCGUUGGAUACGCUGGUGGACAAAAAGAAUC